AUGGAUGACCAGCGGGGGUCCAGAACUGCCACCUUUUACGCGGUGCCAUCCCGUCAGCUCGUGAGCAUUGAACACCCGGCCGUGGUCCGGAACGUCCACAAGGCGAUCGAGACCUUACAAGGAGACUCUGGAAUAAAAACAAUCCUGGACCCGACCAAAGAUGACACACUAGCUAAUCUGGUGUUGCGACCAGAAGAUGCCAUGGCUCGAUCGGUUCAGUCAACGAGCGUUCAAUCGAACAAUGUUCUGCUCAAAGUAACUGUUCCCAAGCGGACAGGACGGAAGCGCAAGAGAGGCUCGAACGAGCCUUUCGCAGACGCACCAGCUUCACAAGCAUCCGGGCCGGCCCCGCGACGGACCGCGAAGGAUCUCUUGCGCAGUAUUAGUGAUAACCCUUCCAAGUACCAGAUUGAGCCAGUUGGGAGGGUUGGACGGACACAUGUGUUCCGAGGAAUCCCUGAUUUCGUCUACUCGACUACAACGAGUUCCUUUACGAACCGAUUCCGAGAACAAAUUCUUCCAUUUGACUUCGACAAAAUGAAGCAGUUUGAUAUCGACAUGGCCAAAGGCGCUGCCGAGAACGCAGAUCUUAUCCCACCACCAUCAUUCAGCCACGGAGACGUCCCAUUCCACUACAUCUACCGUCAAAACCCAACCGUGAAACAAGCCAUUGGCCUCUCCGGCAAACUAGAAACCGUGAAUACCCAAACGGCCAACAAAAUCCUAACUCACCUGAUCCCCUACGACAUACCCAAAGUACCAUCCGAGCCACGGAAAGACAUGCUCCCAAUAAGCGCGUUGGACGAGGGCAUGCUCCGCACAAUCGCAACGCUAAACGCCCUCUACGAAAAACAACCCGCCUGGACACGUCGCGGACUCCGCAACAAUCUAACAACCGACGAAGACCGCCUAAACCUACGCCACGCGAUUCCAUAUGUAGGCUACAUCUUCCGAUCCGGCCCAUGGCGCGACGCAAUCAUAAAGCUGGGCAUCGACCCACGAACCUCACCAGAGUACCGGCACUACCAAACCUUCAUGUUCCGCCUGCUGGCACGAGAAGCCGAGGUGGCGCGCGACGGAGGCGGCGGUCGACGGCACAACGUCCCACGACCAAGCGACCAGCGCGUGGUGGAAGACGAAAACGCCAGCGGGCCGCCAACAGGCCAUAUCUUCACUGGCAAGCAACCGUUCGCACAAGACGGACGGAUCUGGAUGGUUGGUGAGAUCCAGGACGCGCAGCUGCGAGCAGAAUUGUACCCUCCCGAUGCGGGACCUGGGUUCCUGCGCAGCGAGUGCGAUAUCGUUACAGAUGGAUGGUUCGGGAAUGGCACGCUUGCGAAGGCGAAGGCGGUUAUGCGACAUAAGAUUCAGGCGUUGAUGGAAGGGAGGGAACCGGUUGAUGAGGAUUAUACGAGGAUCAUGCAGCUUCCUGCGCAUGCGCGGUCCGAGGCUGAUUUCCAUCUUUUCUCGCUUGAUCCUGAUAUUGCGACGCCGAAGGAGAUUAGUCUUGCUACGGAGGUUCGGGCGAUUAUUCGUGGUUCGCCGGUUUGGAGGAAUUUAUCAGCUAAUGCUGGCUUGGUGAGGAGGGAUGUUGGGGAGGGGAGAAAAGUGAAAGGGAAGUGGCCUUUGAAGGGGAAGAGUGUUGAGCCCGAGCCGGAGCCGGAGCCCGAGAAGGCGGAUGAGGAGAGUGAGGGUGAAGAGGAGGAGAUUCAGCGGAGGGAGAUGUUGGCUGCUCAGGUUGCGGAUGCUGCUGCAGCGAGGGAUGCUGACGAAGCUGGUGAUGAAGCUGGUGAUGACGAUGACGAUGGUGAUGAUAGUGAUGACAUGGACGAAGACGAGGACGAGUAA